AUGGAUACGAUCUCCUACGUGGAGUACCCCAUCUACUCGAUCGCCACGAAUGGAGAGCUCGUGGCCACGUCGGGAGGUGGCGGCGGGUCAGACUACGGAAUUGAAGAUCAGCUGGAGACACACAGGGUAAACCUGGAGACAGGCCAGUUGCUUCCUGUGACCAGCACCGCCGAAGCGGGCGGCGUCGUCGAUUCGCUUUGCUACAACAAAAAUGUCGACCUCUGGUGUGGUUGCUGCCAGGGUCAAGUUGUCCUCAUCAAGCAAGACGAAGAUCAGGGGCUCUCGAUCGUCGCCCGUUUCGGUCCUCCGCCGCCUCCGGGAGGGAAGCGAGCGCGCGUGAUCACAGCCCGUUUUUCUCCGUCCGGCGAGAUUGUCGUGGCUGGCGGCGAAGACAAAGUCAUCCGUGUCUGGCGCAUCGCCCGCGCAGGCGAGCAAGGCGCUACUCUGGCCCCCGACCAGGCGAAGGAAAAAAAGGGCGGGAAAGUGGAGCAGUGGAGUGGCACGCUUGUCUGCGAGCUCAGAGGUCACGAAGGAGACAUUAAAGACUGCUGCAUUAGCAGCGACAACAGUUUGGUGGCUUCGUGCGGUGCCGACAGCAAGCUCUGCUUGUGGGACUGGCGCACGGGCGCCCUGCUUCAUACUGUUGAGAAGCAGAAUCCGAAGAAGCCCCAAGAAAAACUGACUUUUCGCUGCGGCAGGUCGAUCGCCUACGGAGGCAGCGCCGGGAGCUCCUCGAGGCCUCCAGUCGAUAAGAAGAGCGACGACAACGCGCCGGCGGACAUGCAGAACGUCUCCUCGCCCUCCGCAGUUAGUGUGACGCAGUUGUGCGAGAGCUUGUGCGACGACAACGUUCCCUGCUGCCAGGCGGAGAUCUCCGCGGACGGGCAGCUUAUCGCCGUCGGCUUCGCGGACGGAAAGUGUAAAGUGUACAACCGCGGUUUGUCGCUUGUCGCGCAGAGCUCGAAGCACGACUUGCCCGUCACAGGCUUGUGCUUUCUAAAUGGCGACAGAACCCUCGUCUCGACGAGUGCGGACUACUCGCUUGUGACCAUGGAUCUGACGCGGCGACGCGGAGGCGCCUGCAGCCGGUGCUGCUGCUGCCGCAAGCGAACCUGCUUCUGCGGUUUCUGUGUGCUUCUCUUUCUGCUGUUGGCGGGCGCUUUGGUGCUUCACCACGUGGCGUCGCUCGGGUUUCUUCACUUUGUAAGCAAGCACGAAGCCGCCCAGAUGGGCAAGUACCGCGAGACGACAGAGGAUCUGCUGCUGGCGCAGCGUCUCCACGAUCUCGAACUCGAGCAGCGAGAAGAAGAGCGUCAGCGCUUGCAUGUCGCGGAGGAGCGUAGCCGAGCCCACGGAACGCCACGCAGCGAACGCAAGACGCGAAAGAGUCAAAGGCAGACGGGUGGGCGUCGCCCCGAGCAGCGACAGCAGGCGAAGCGCGGCGCAUCGGUGAAGGACGAACUCUGA